AUGAAUUAGACAAAUUCUAAAUUAGAAAGACCAUUAAUAUCUCCUAAACAAUAAUGUCUACUGCCUAGUCUUUACUAUGAUUAUAGCGCAAGGAAAAAAUAAAAAUUAAAGACUUACUUUCGAUAAGAGAAAUGUAUUUCAAUAAGUCCUAAAAAACAGAUAAUAAAAACAUAAAGAGAUCUCUCGAAAUAAAUAGAAACUGAAAGGAAUUCUGAAUUUUAUUCUUUUGAAGAUGAGGUUAGCAGAUCUGCUCGCUUUUAAAGAAAAUCAAGACUGCAUUAAGGAAAUAAAAUAUUAAAUCAUCCAAUUAAAACUAAUAAACCUUUAUUAACAGAUACAUAAAUAGAAAUAGAAACUCCUUAUUUCAAAGACAAAGAUUCAUCUAUUAGUAAGUCUGACGAUGAAAAUGAAGAGAAAAAUGAAAAUAAAAUUGAUUUAAAAUUAGAGGGGGAGACUGGUAAAGCACUUAAAUAGAUCAGUCAUAAAAUAAGUAAUUUUAUUUUUCAUUAUCUAAGAUCAAGAAUUAAACAAUUCAUUUUAUCAUUUUAUAAAAAAAUCAGAAAAAAUGAAAGAUUUGAUUCUAAAUUUUUAGCAAAAGGAUAAUUUGAGUCUAAUUCAUUAUUAUUGUUUAAAUGAUAGUAUAUUUCCUAAAAGAAUUGAAUUGAGUAAAUAAGAUGUUAAAGAAAUUAAUUUAUCAGAUUUAGGAUUGACUCCAAAAUAUAUUCCAUUGAUUCGUAAUUUAUUAAGCUAAAAACGAGAUAAAAAUAUUAAAUCAAUUGAUAUAAGUCAAAAUAAAAUUAAUGAAUGGUCAUUAAAGUUAUUAAUUGAUGUUUUCCCUUUAAAAGUCAAAACCAUUGAUUUAUCGCAUAAUUAAUUAAAUCGUAGAGGAGCAGUGCUAUUGUCUGAACAUUUGAAAAACUUUGAAAAGUAUAAUACAAUUAUUUACUCAGUCUGAGGUUCUUGAAUUUAAAAGGAAAUCAAAUAGGAGAUAUAGGAACUGCAACAGUUUUAGAGAAAUUGAAAUCUAGUUUGAAAAUCAAAAAAUUAAAUUUAUCAGAUAAUGCAAUAUCUGAUGCUAUUAGCAAUGAUAUAAAAGAGUUUAUUAUGAAAAACUAAUCAAUUUAAGUUUUAAGUUUGAAUUGGAAUUAAUUAGGCCCCAUUGUUGGAGUAUCUAUUGCAAAAGGAUUAAAUUACAAUAAAUCUAUUAGAGUAGUAGAUUUAAGUUAUAAUAAAAUUGGAUAGAGUGACAAUAAUUAUGAAUGUAUUAAGGAAUGGUGUUCAUUAUUGAGUAAUACUUAUACAGAAUUAAUUCAUUUAGAUCUCUCUUACAAUUAAUUUAAUGAGAAAUAACUUUAAUUAAUAAAUUAUUCAAUUCUUAAGAAUUCUCGUUUAUAUGGUUUACAUGUUGAAGGAAAUAAAUGUUUGGCUCAUGUAGAUCCUUUAGGGUUUAUAUCAUUUCCUUAAUAAAUAAAAGGAAAAUAAAGUAUGCAGCCAAAACAUUAAAAUAUUGAUGGUGUUAACUUUAUACCUAUGUUAAAUGAGAAUGAAAAUGGAUCUGAUUGUUGUUGGAUAUGUUAAGGAUGGAUGGAAUAUCAUUUUAUUUAUGAACCUGAACCUGAAGAAUCUAAAACUGAUUCUAUAUAUUUACAUUUAGAUUUUUUAGAGUAAAAAUAUAUAAGUAUUUUAGUUUCAAACCAAUAUCUAUGACAACAAGUAAAGAAUUAUGGAAAUAAAUAAGCAAUAAAUUUAAUAGUACUGCAGUUUUAGAAGAUUUAACAACAGGAGAGAUAAUUCAUUAAUUAAAACAUGCUUUUAGUGCUGGUAAGAUAAUUACAAUGACAGCUAUAAAUGAUGCUUAUACAGAAGAUACUAAAAUGAAAGAUGAUAUGAAAUCAAUAUUAUCAGAAUUAAAUUCUAAAUUCUUCUUCACAUCUUAUUAGAUGUGUCCUCCAAACUAAAAAAUACUUUAUUUUUUUUCUAAUCCUACUGGAAAAGGAAUAUUUAUAAAUUCAAGAUUUCCAAUAAUAUAAUUACAAACUGCUGAAAAUAUUGAAUUGAUUAUGGAUAAAGAGAAAGUAUUUUUUUAUCCUGAUGGAUCUCAGAUUUCAUUAUCUUAAGUAGAUUAAGUGAAUUAUUUUUAAACUAAAUAAAUGUUUGUUAUAGAUUAAAAGAAUUAAUACAAACCAUUAGUAAAAGUAAUUCCUAGAUGUUUAGAAAAUAAAUACUUUUUAAAAAGAUUUGCUGUUGAUGCAUCAAAACAAAAAUCAAAUUUGAUUUAUUGGUAAAAGGAAUAAUCAGCCUUUAAAUCAUAUUAAGGAGACAAUGAUGAUGUUUUGGAUGAAUGUUUUUAAUUUGAUUGGAAUUGUAUGGGUAUUUAACACUUUUUAAAAUCAGAAUAGGAAAUUGAAAAAGUAAUAGAGAUUAUGAGAUUUCAUUAUUCUAAACUAAAAGAUAUUUAUAAGUAUUAUUCUAGCUUUGGAUAUAAUGCUAAUAAAUAAUAGAAUGGUUAUUAAGUUGAAACAUUUUAUAUUCCAAUUGAUUUAAUUUAUAAUUUAACCCAAGAAUUAUUACCAUAAGGCAUACCAUUUGAAGAUAUAUAAUCUUAAGUUAAGUAAAUUAAGUAUAAUUGUGAUUCGAAAUUUAUAUAUAAUCCAGAGAAAGGAUUUGUUAGAUAUUAAUUUAUAGAAUUUAUUUUUAGAAUUGCUUUAUUGGUAUCAAAAUAAAAAUAGAAACCUAAACAAAUAGUAGAUGAAGUUUAUAGAACUUUUUAAAUAUUAACAGAAAGAUUUGCAGCAUUUGAUAAUUAAUAAAAAUGGAGAGAAGAACGUUUAUGGACAAAAGAGUGUGGCAAUUUAAUUUAUAUAAAAUAAGGUUUUAUUUAGAAAUUACAUGAUUAUGCAGCAUCAAUUAAAAAUAAGAAAUGGUCAUUCAAAUUAAAGUGGAUAGCAUUGACAGAAUUUCUAGACUUUUGUAAUUAAAUGGGAUUUCAAUCAUUUUUGAGUGAAACUUAAUUAAAAAUCAUUUACAAUUUCUCUAUGCAAACACAUUAAGAUGAAUUGACAUAAGAUAGACAUUUAAGAAUGUCUACUGUAGAAUUUACAGAAGCUUUAGCUAGAAUAGCUGAAUUUAUUAGUCCUAAUGGGAAUGAGAUUGAUAAUACAGUUACCAAUAGAUUAAUACUACCAUUGCAUAUCAAAUUAGAGAACCUUUUAACACAUAUCUAUAUUAAUCUAAGAACUCUUAAGUAUUUAUAAUUAUAUAUAAAGAGUGAAUAACUUCGAGAGUUUUAGUAUUUACUUUAGCUAUAAUUCAAAUCAAAUAUUACCUAUAGCUAAUAAUGAGCUUUAAUUAGAUUAAUAUGAAUGUACAACUUCAGAAUUGAGAAUUUAUAAUACUCUCUCUUAUUUGAGUAACAUUUUUAAUUUAUUUAAUUAGAAUUGUUUAAAACCCCUUAUUUGCAUCCAAAUUAUAAAUAAUUUUUAGAAAUACCCUUUCAAUUAGUUUAAAUUCUUAAAUAAAAGAGAAGUAUGGUUGAAAGAUAGAUGACUCAAAAAUAAAAACUCUUAAAGUUGAAAGCUACAUUAUAAUUACUGUGA